AUGCUGUUUGUCUGGAUCCGACCAGAUGCACAGAAAAGCUGCGGCGAGUCGGCCCCGGGGGGAAUACUAAAGUCCCUAGCCUACCAUUGUCCUGAUACCUGGCGUCUGCCACCUGGCGUCUGCCACCCGGCAUCAUACUUCGAUGACGUGAAAGCAAGAUUCGAGGCACUCUCUUACGAAGUAUUCAUCCGCACUCUUCCUAGCAUUGGUCAAGCAGGCGCUUCCUGGGCCGAUGACCGAGACGCGGUGAUUGAGAUGAUCGAGCCCCACAUGGAUCAUGGCACAGAAUUUGUGGUCAUUGGGCAUUCAUACGGGGGUAUGCCGGCUGUGGGAGUCUGUGAGGACAGGAGCAUAGCAGAGAGACAGGCUGCCGGCAAAAGAGGCGGUAUCCGCGCCGUAAUCUUUGUCGGGUCGGCUCUAGUCCUUGAUAGGGGUCAGACCGCCCUUGAUGCAUUCGGCGGUGUGUAUCCGCCAUGGCUUCCCUUUGAAAAUGACGGAAAGGACGGGCUGCUACACCCGAAGAUUGAUCUAGCCAAGGAGGCAUUGUACAACGACCUAGACGAUGUGGUGGCAUCGAGGCUUGCGGGUGGCCUUCUGCCGCACUCGGUGGCGUCAUUGACUUCGAUCCAAACAUAUGCCGGGGAGAAUCUGCAGAUCCCCGCAUUCUAUAUGGUCUGUGAAGAGGACAAUACCGUUCCGCCGUGGCUGCAGCAUUCCAUAUGCGACGGCGGCAGGGUCCGUGGGAUGCGGAAGCUUACGUGCGCCACGGGCCACUGUCCCAUGUUCAAAAAUCCCAAGGGUUUUGUGAAGCAGAUUGAUGAGUGUGUCCGCGGUGAUAUUUGA